UGGCAGUGAGUCGUGUUGUAUUUGUGGAAAAAAAUCUUGCGUCGACUGGAAUUGGGGCCCCGCCUUGUUGAAUUUUACCCAUUUCGCGCUGCUGGAGGCAUGCAAAGGAGCCCAGGAUGACGGAGAAGAUCACGCUAGCCGACGCGCUGUCCAAUGUGGAGGUGCUGGACGAGCUCUCGCUGCCAGACGAGCAGCCCUGCAUCGAGGCGCAGCCCUGCUCGAUUAUCUACAAGGCAAACUUUGAUACGAACUUCGAGGAUCGCAAUGGAUUCGUCACGGGCAUAGCCAAGUACAUCGAGGAGGCCACCACCCAUGCCAACCUGAAUGUCCUCCUCGAUGAGGGGCAGAAGCACGCAGUCAUGCUGUACACCUGGCGCUGCUGCUCCCGCGCCAUUCCGCAGCCCAAGUCCAAUGAGCAGCCCAACCGGGUGGAGAUCUACGAGAAGACCGUGGAGGUGCUGGCCCCCGAGGUCAACAAGCUGCUCAACUUCAUGUACUUCCAGCGCAAGGCCAUCGAGGCCUUCUCCGGCGAGGUGAAGCGCCUGUGCCACGCCGAGAAGCGCAAGGACUUCGUGUCGGAGGCCUACCUGCUGACCCUGGGCAAGUUCAUCAACAUGUUCGCCGUCCUGGACGAGCUGAAGAACAUGAAGUCCAGCGUGAAGAACGACUACUCUACGUACAGGCGGGCUGCGCAGUUCCUCAAGGUGAUGUCCGACUCACACACCCUGCAGGAGUCGCAGAAUCUGUCCAUGUUCCUGGCCACGCAGAACAAGAUCCGCGACACGGUCAAGGACACGCUGGAGAAGAUCGUGGGCUACGAGGACCUCCUCUCCGACGUGGUCAACAUCUGCGUCCACAUGUUCGAGACCAAGAUGUACUUGACGCCCGAGGAGAAGCACAUGCUGGUCAAGGUCAUGGGCUUCGGCCUCUUCCUCAUGGACAGCGAUGCGUGCAAUAUCAACAAACUGGAUCAGAAGAAGAAGAUCCGCCUGGAUCGCAUCGAUCGCAUCUUCAAGAACCUGGAGGUGGUGCCUCUGUUCGGCGACAUGCAGAUCGCGCCCUUCAACUACAUCAAGCGCAGCAAGCACUUCGAUUCCAGCAAGUGGCCGCUGUCCAGCUCGAACGCCAUCAGUCCCCAGGCGGAUUUGAUGGUGCACCUGCCGCAGAUACGCGAGGAUCACGUAAAGUACAUCUCCGAGCUGGCGCGGUACACAAACGAGGUGACCACCACCGUCAAGGAGAAUCCCUCGGACGCCGAGAACCGGAUUACCGCCGACCUGGCCCUGCGGGGUCUCCAACUGCUUUCCGAGUGGACCAGUGUGGUCACCGAGCUGUACUCCUGGAAGCUGCUGCACCCCACGGACCAUCACCAGAACAAGGAGUGCCCCGUCGAGGCCGAGGAGUACGAGCGGGCCACCCGCUACAACUACACAUCGGAGGAGAAGUUCGCCCUCAUCGAGGUGAUCGCCAUGAUCAAGGGACUGCAGGUGCUGAUGGCGCGCAUAGAGACGGUGCUGUGCGAGGCCAUUCGGCGGAACAUCUACUCCGAGUUGCAGGACUUUGUGCAGCUGUCGCUGCGAGAGCCGCUGCGCAAGGCGGUGAAGAACAAGAAGGACCUUAUCCGGAGCAUCAUCAUGUCGGUGCGCGAAACGUCGGCGGACUGGCAGAAGGGCUACGAGCCCACCGACGACCCGGUGGCCAAGGGCAAGAAGGAUCCCGACGGCGGCUUCCGCAUCCAGGUGCCGCGCCUCAAUGUGGGCCCCUCCUCCACGCAGCUGUACAUGGUGCGCACCAUGCUGGAGUCCCUGAUCGCCGACAAAAGUGGCGGCAAGCGCACUUUGCGCAAGGACAUCGACGGCAAUUGUCUGCUGCAGAUUGACACGUUCCACAAGACAUCGUUCUACUGGAGCUAUCUGCUCAACUUCAGUGACACGCUGCAGAAGUGCUGCGAUCUGUCACAGCUGUGGUACCGGGAGUUCUACUUGGAGAUGACCAUGGGUAGGAAGGUGAACAAGUGCUUGGUGCGUCAUCAGCACAACGAGGAGUGCAAGGAUCUGAUCACCAUGGAGAAGCGGAUUCAGUUCCCAAUUGAGAUGUCCAUGCCGUGGAUAUUAACAGAUCACAUUCUGCAAACGAAGGAGCCCUCGAUGAUGGAAUUUGUCUUGUAUCCCCUGGACUUGUACAACGAUUCGGCGUACUACGCCCUCACCGUCUUCCGCAAGCAGUUCCUCUACGACGAGGUGGAGGCCGAAGUCAAUCUGUGCUUCGACCAGUUUGUGUACAAGCUGAGCGAGCAGAUUUUCGCCCACUACAAGCAGCUGGCGGGCAGCAUUUUCCUGGACAAGCGUUUCCGCCUGGAGUGCGAGGUUCUAGGUUUCAACUUCCAAUCGUAUCCGCGCAACAAUCGCUAUGAGACCCUGCUAAAACAACGACAUGUCCAACUGUUGGGCCGUUCCAUUGACUUGAACAAACUGAUCACACAACGCAUAAACGCCAACAUGCACAAGAGCAUUGAGUUGGCCAUCAGCCGCUUCGAGGGCAACGAUAUAACCGGCAUAGUGGAACUUGAAGGUCUGCUGGAGGCGAAUAGAAUUUGCCACAAGUUGCUGAGCAAAUACUUGGCCCUGGACAACUUUGACGGCAUGGUGAAGGAGGCUAACCACAAUGUGCUGGCUCCUUACGGCCGAAUCACACUGCACGUCUUUGUGGAAUUGAACUACGACUUCCUGGUCAAUUACUGCUACAAUGCAGCCACAAAUCGCUUCAUUCGAACCAAAGUAAAUCUGUCGUCGUCGCAGGCCAUUCAGCGUGAGAAGCCGCCACAAAUGUCGCACUACUAUCUGUGGGGCUCCAAGCAGCUGAACGCUGCCUAUUCCACGCAGUAUGGUCAGUACACUGGCUUCGUGGGCUCCCCGCAUUUCCAUGCCAUGUGCCGCCUGCUGGGCUACCAGGGCAUCGCCGUCGUUAUGGACAUUAUACUGAAGGACAUUGUGAAGCCACUGAUCCAGGGCUCCCUGCUGCAGUUCACCAAGACACUGAUGAUUGCCAUGCCCAAGUCGUGCAAGCUGCCCCGCUGCGAGUACGGGUCGCCAGGAGUGCUGAGCUACUACCAGGCUCAUCUCACAGACAUUGUGCAAUAUCCGGAUGCGAAGACGGAGCUGUUCCAGUCGUUCCGGGAGUUCGGCAACAGCAUUAUCUUCUGCCUGCUCAUCGAACAGGCACUCUCCCAGGAGGAGGUGUGCGAUCUACUGCACGCGGCCCUCUUCCAAAACAUUUUCCCCAGGCCCUUUUGCAAAGAGAACGAGAAGCCAGAGGCUAAGCAAAAGCGACUUGAAGCCCAGUUCGCCAACCUGCAGAUAGUUUCGAAUGUGGAAAAGAUCGGCACUGCAAAGCAAGCCAUGAUUGCCCGCGAGGGAGAUCUGCUGACACGCGAGCGCCUUUGCUGCGGCCUCAGCAUCUUCGAGGUGAUUCUCAACCGGGUGAAGAGCUACCUGGACGAUCCGGUGUGGUGCGGUCCCCCGCCGGCCAAUGGGAUUAUACACGUGGACGAGUGUUCCGAGUUCCAUCGCCUCUGGUCGGCCCUGCAGUUCGUCUAUUGCAUUCCAGUGAGGGGCACCGAGUACACCAUUGAGGAGCUCUUUGGCGAGGGCCUCAACUGGGCGGGCUGCGUGAUGAUCGUGCUGCUGGGCCAGCAGCGGCGCUUCGAGGCUCUGGACUUUUGCUACCACAUUCUGCGCGUGCAGCGCGUCGAUGGCAAGGAUGAGGAUGUCAAGGGCAUUCAACUGAAGCGAAUGGUGGAUCGGAUUCGUCGGUUCCAAGUAUUAAACUCACAAAUCUUCUCCAUUCUCAACAAGUAUCUGAAGGGCGGCGACGGCGAGGGCUCAAAUGUGGAGCAUGUGCGGUGCUUUCCACCGCCGCAGCAUCCCUCGGUCAUAUCGUCAUCGUCGCACUACCAGGAUCCCCAGAAGCUGCGCCAGAGCAUAAACAAUUGAGGAUGCAUUUAGGCCGAUCGCAUACAAAUAGGUUAUACUUAAUCGCAGUUGAAAUUAGUUUACCCCAGGAGAGAAGCAUCGUAGAAGCUGCCCACCUUUUGACAAAGGGUAGUUUUGGCUCUAUUUGAAUUCGAUUUUAUUGCAAAUCUCUUUUGGUAUGUCGCAUUCAAUCAUACAGUACGUAAAUGUUUUAUCCAAUUAUAUAAUAGAUAUAUAAUAUUGAUUCCCCUGCUGAGGCAUUCGACUCAACUACUCGUACACUAUCCCAAAUACUCUACUCUAAGCCCCCUAAGAUAUUAUGUUUGGCCUCCCACAUUCAUGUUCCCUCGCUUCGAAACUGAAGAACACCUUCUUGCUUUGCUCCCCGAUUUGAGAAUCAAAUUAGCCAAAGAAUUGAUGACAGCACGGCGAAUUAAAAAACGAAUUGGCUUUAAACACAAUCAAAGUAUUACGAAAUAGAUGCCGCACAGUGUAUGCCUAUUAUACGACAGCCAACAUUGAGACACAUACAAUUAAUACAAUGAACAUUAUCGAAUAAAAUUUUCAUACGUAUUUCUAACAAACCCAAAAA